CUCAUCCUCCUUCCUUGCCAAUCAUCCUUUCGGAAUAUCUGCAGAAAGAAACAAAGAGAAAAGAAACAAAGCCAUGCCUGCCACCACCGAGUACCAGGGCUCCUCCUUCCUGGGCCGCAUCAGCAUCCGCCGCAACCAGGUCGUCUCCAUGGACGGCCACCACGAGCAGGAGCUCGAGGACCUCGACCUCUUCCAGCGCAACAUCGCCGACCGCUUCUCCGAGCUCCUCUCCGCCCGUCCCCCUACCGACGGUGGCGACGGCGGCGGCGACUCCUCCUCCUCCGCCGCCUCCGCCGACGCCCCCUUCCUCUCCGUCGCGUGGCUGCGCAAGCUCCUCGACGUCUUCCUCUGCUGCGAGGCGGAGUUCAAGGCCUUCCUCAUCAUGGGCCGCGAGCGUGACCCCUCCGUCAUCGCCAAGCCCCCCCUCGACCGCCUCCUUCCCGAGCUUCUCGACCGCGCUGUCAAGGCCCUCGACGUCUGCAACGCCGUCAUGCACGGUGUCGACGCCGUCAGGCACUGCCAGAAGCUCUCGGAGAUCGCGGUCGCCGCCCUCGAGCAGCAGCCCAUCGGGGAGGGCCAGGCCCGCCGGGCGAAGAAGGCGCUCGGGUCGAUGCUUGCCCUGCUGGCCGCCGAGGACAAGGACAGCAGCGGCCACAAGUCAACGGAGAGGACUUGGUCUUUCGGGCGGAGAGGCGGCAGCGCCGUCACGAAUAAGGAUCGAUCGGCAGCUGCGCAGUUCCGGACGCUCACGUGGGGCGUGUCGAAGAAUUGGUCCGCAUCGAAGCAAAUUCAAGCUAUGUCAGCCAACUUGGUAGUGCCGCGAGGCGCGGAGGCAUCCGGGCUGGCCCUGCCGGUGUACAUCAUGGGCGCGAUCACGGUCUUCGUGAUGUCCGCGCUGGUGGCGGCGAUCCCGUGCCAGGAGAGGAGCGGGCUGGCGAUGCACCUGCAGGUGCCGAAGCAGUUCGGGUGGGCGCAGCCGAUGACCGCGCUUGCGGAGAAGAUCGGGGAGGAGUGGAAGAGGAAGGAGAAGCGGGGGAUGGCGGGGCUGAUGGAGGAGCUGCAGCGGAUGGAGCGCCUGGGGCAGGCGCUGGCCGAGUUCGCGGACCCGUUCCAGUACCCGGCGGAGGGGGAGAGGGCGGAGGAGGCAGCUGCGAGGGCGGCGGAGCUGGCAGAGACGUGCCGGAGGAUGGAGGAGGGGCUGGUGCCGCUGCAGAUGCAGAUCAGGGAGGUGUUCCACAGGAUAGUGAGGAGCAGGAGCGAGGUGCUGGACGUGCUGGACCAGGCUGGUAAACUGUCGGCUCCGACCCUGUAAAACGUUGCAGCCCCGGCCGAGGUUCUAAUUGACUUCUUUAGCGGAUCAAACCCAAAUUAAUUUGACAGUUGGGGGCGAGGGAGGAUCGAUCCUUUAGGUCAAUUUUUAGGAGGUUAGAGGACAUAUGGCUUCACCCUCAAAAGCUGUAAAAUUGUGGUGCAAGCAAAGCCCAAUUUCUUCUUCUUCUUCUUCUUCUUCUUUUGAAAUUUUCUUUUGGGGUUGUCUUGAUGUUGAGGGUCAUUUCUUGGUGUGUAGAAGUUUGUCAUGGUGUAAUACAAACGUGUAUAUAUUAAUUCUGAUUAUGGGUAUGGCGUCCAAAGAAAUGUGAUUAA